AUGAAGAAAUGGGCUUUAGAGUGGAAGUUUGAGUACAAGACUGUCUCUUCUAACAAGUCAAGAGUGCUUUUGAGUUGUGUUGAUGAAAAUUGCACGUGGAGGAUGCGUGCUAUCAAGCUACCUGUUUCAGAUUUUUUCGUUGUUAAAAAGUAUGUUCAUGAGCAUACAUGCGAUACAACACACAGGAAAGCCAACCACAGACAAGCAUCUGCAAAGUUGUUGGGUUCUUUGAUUUCCAGCAAUUAUGGAGAAAAAAAGGAAGGUCUCAAACCGAAACAGAUCAUUGAACAGGUCAGGAUGCUGCAUGGUGUUCACAUCAAUUACAAACAAGCUUGGAGAGUGAGAGAAGAAGCUCAGAUUUUGGUUAGAGGGACUCCUGAAGACAGCUAUUACAAUUUGUCUAGGUGGUUGUAUAAAAUCACAGAAACAAACCCUGGUUCCUUGACUUAUCAACAUGUUGAUGCUGCAGGAAAGUUCAAGUAUGCAUUUGUGGCUUUUGGUCCAUCGAUAAGGGGAUUCUCAUUGAUGAGGAGAGUUAUUGCAGUAGAUGGUACAUUUCUGAAGGGAAAAUUCAAUGGGACUUUAUUGGCAGCUUGUGCUCAAGAUGGGAAUUAUCAUCUAUAUCCUCUCGCCUUUGCAGUGGUUGACGCAGAAAACGGCGCCUCUUGGAAAUGGUUCUUUAGAGGUUUGAGCCAGAAGAUCCCGGACGCUUCGGAUCUUGUUUUUGUAUCAGACAGGGCUAACUCCAUUUCUUCAGCGUUGGAGGAUGUAUAUCCCUUAUCUCACCAUGGAAUUUGCAGGAUCCAUCUGCUCCGCAACAUCACUCCUACAUAUGCGAAGACUGGGUUGCUACCUCUGGUGGAAAGCGCUGCUGAUGCCUAUACGUGUCACGAGUUCUGGUUAAUCUUCAAGGACAUAAAGGAUAAAUGUCCUGAAUUGGCUAAGUAUCUGGAAGAGUCUGAUUUUAGGAAGUGGGCACGAAGCUAUGCGCCUGCGAACAGGUAUAAUAUCAUGACUACCAACAUUGCAGAGUCUCUCAAUUCUAUGUUGAAGAUGCCUCGUGAGUUGCCCAUUAUCUCUCUCCUUGAAACUAUCAGAUUGACGAUGACCACUUGGUUUUUUGAGCGACGCGAAGCGGCUGCGAAACAUAAGCACCUGGUUACUCCAAAAGUUGUGCAGAAAUUGGUAUCUAGGUUAGGGGCCGCAAUGUUGUUGAAUGUGUAUCAAGUUGAUCGAAGCGAGUUUGAGGUGAAGAAUGAAACAAUGAAGUUUGUUGUUGACUUGGAGAAGCGGCAUUGCACAUGUAAUGUUUUCGACAUUGACAAGAUCCCCUGCAUCCAUGCCAUCGCUGCUGCUAAGCAUAUCAAGAGAGAUGAAAACCGUUUUGUUGAUGCUUCUCACUUGACAGAAACGUGGGCUAAAGCUUAUGCUGAAAGCAUACAUCCUGGUGGAGAGUUGUCAACGUCCACCUAUCCAGAGAAUAUUGAUGAACUGUCUUGCCCACCUCCAGCUACCAAAAAGAAAAGUGGACGCCCUCCUACAAAGAGAAAGAGAUCCGUUGGCGAGUUUGGGGUUCCUGGAUCUAAAUCUCAGUCCCACAAGUGCAGCAGAUGUGGCACAGGAGGGCACAACAAGAUCACAUGCCAGAGGCCUAUAGGAUGA